UGCGCACCUCUACUAAAAAUUGAACUGACUUCAAAAUCCUUAUGCAAGUGCUAAAAACUAAACUUGUUUCGUUUAAGUUUAAACAAUGUUUAUUGAACUUCAGUGUGGCUCUGCCGGAGGAGCUCUAUGUCCGCAGUCAUUUCGCACUUUCGGAGGAGCCAGCACAGUUCGGCCCACGAGGACGCCGCCUUCACGGAAUGGCGAACUAUUUACAGCCUGCCAGGAAUACGAUUCGUGGCCGCCCUCAGUAAGCUGAAAGUUUAUCAGGCGGCCAUCACAGCGACCGGGAUGCCCAUUGCAUUCGCCCUGGGGCACGCCGGGCAGGUGACAACGGAUGCGCUGGGCAUUUACGCUGCCAUCGGUGUAAGUGGCCUAGCCACCCUUACAAUCGCCAGCUAUGCUGCCACAAACCUCGUCGGCUUCAUCUAUGUAAAUGAGCAGCAGGAUCUGCUGAAGCUCGCCUACGUUGACUUCUGGGGUCGACGAAAAGAGACCUUGGUGGCCCAAGAUCUUCUUCCCAGCUGGGAGCAGCGAACCCCUUCUCGGCUGAAAUUCGUGUCGCCCAUCUGUCUGCGAAGCGAUCCUAGCCGGCAAUACAAGCUACUGAGUCGCCUCGGUCAUGUCAGCGAUCCGCAGUUGUUCGAGGGUCUUUUUGGGGACUGACUAUAAUACUAAGUGGUAUAUGUAGAGUUCUCUCAAGUAAUUAAAUCUAUUUUAACAGCAAAAAAUCUAGU